AUGCAGACGACAGUGUUUGACCUUGUUGAUGAUCAAAAUAUGUGGAGAUGGUCGAGUGCUUGGUUUGACCUUUAUCCGGUGGUGAUUAACUUACCUCCUUCGACCCUGGAUCAAAAUAGAGGUGAGAACCUGGUUUGGAAGGAUAGUCAAAGUAACAAUACGCACUUUAGUUCUGGUUGGGUCUGGAAUAACAUCCGUAGGUGCGAUCAGGAGGUUCCAUGGGUGGAUUUAGUGUGGUUUGCGCAAUGCAUACCGAGACAUUCUUUCCAUUUGUGGUUGGUAAUCAAGAAUAAACUGAAAACUCAGGACCGAAUGGGUAUUUGGGACAUGGGUAGUGCUACCAAUCUUAAUCUUAUGUGUUGCCCGCUUUGUAGAUACAAUAAAGAUUCUCGUGAUCAUUUGAUUUUCGAAUGUCCCUUUGCGAUGCAAGUUUGGAACAAGGUUAAAGACAUAGCAUACAUGGAUAGCGUUGAUGCUAGUUGGGCCUCUAUUAUGGCAUGGUUUGAACAAAGAGCUAGUUCCAAGAGCUCAAAAACCAUUGUUAGUAAACUAGUGGUGGCGGCAGCUGCUUACUUUGUCUGGCAAGAGAGAAACAACAGGCUUUUCUCCCAAAACCAUCAGCCUUCUUCCAAAAUUGCGGAUAUUGUCCUACAGACGGUGAGGUUCAAAUUGAUGACUUUCAGGGCGAGAAGGAGAUCCAAGAACCCAUUUCAGCUGGAGAGAUGGAAGAUGCAAAUGAAGACUAUGGAUAUCGACACGGGCUAG